AAAUGUCUCUAAAGCUUCAAACAAAGCCUGGAAAGACAUCUAGAUCAAUAAAAUUUCUGAGCCAAAUCUCUACUUCGACUCAGUCUAUCAAAAAGCUGACUAAAAACGACUUGCUUGCCUUAAUGGAAUUGACUCAGCCAGAAAUUGAAUAUGUUGUAGAAAAGAUAUCAGAUAAAAGUAGAACAAGAAUAAUGAAGUUAUUGGAAGAUGUGAAUGUGAUCGAAGAUGAUUUUGAGAUGUUGCUAAGUAGGAAGGUUAGUAUGAACACUGAGUUCGAUGAACCAGGUCUUGACACUGAGGUUAAAGUCAGUGCUAAGCCACCUUGGAUAGCUCAAAAUUUGGAAAUCCAUAAAAGCUUCUGCUCUAGCCUUGCGAAAGUUUCCAAGAACUUAUCGAUUAUCAAAGCACCCAAGAAGCGAAAGCGUACAUCUGUAAAACCUUGAGACUCAAUCACAUCUUUGCUUCAGAAAAUGAUGCAUGGGUUUGGAGAUUUCUGCCCUAAUUCAAAUCAAACAACUGCUGAAAAGAUUGAGUAUUUCUUAAAAACUGAUUGGAUUCCCUUCUUAAUCACGAAGGAGCCUGAAAAGGAUCAAAAGCCUGAGCUUGACGAUGAAUUUGCUAAGAAAAUCUACUCUAGAGAAAUACAGUCUUAUAAAUAAGCUUAAAAAGAUCAUGAAGGAAGUCGAUGGUCUCAAGGAAAAAGAGGCAGAGUAUGAUAUUAGCUUUAUUCCUAAAGACGAAAUUGGAGAAGAUUUCGAGGUGGAUCAGGAUCAACCACUCGAGCCAAAUGAAGAGAGUAAAGAGGGUGAAAAAGAUGAGGAUUUUGACCAAGAAGUCAAAGAAGAAGAGCUUCUUCAUGAAGAGAGGACUACAUUUUACUCUGAACUCGUCGAAAGCAUGGAUGAAACCUCCUACACAGUCUUUAACAAAUGUCGGACUACUAAUUUCCUCUCCAGAGGCAAAGAGGUAUUCCUCGAAUGGAUAGGGAUUCAAUUGCCCAAGAAUAUGAUAGAUAUCAUCGCUCAUAUAGCUUAUAAUGAAGUCAGGCUCAUUGUUGAGGACAGUAUUAGAAGCUUGUCUGCACAUAAAUAAGCUUGAAAAGAUUAAUGAAUCUCUGACAUUGAACUUAGUCUCAGACUCUAUAAAGAAAAGAAUGGAAAUAAUGGAAAAUAGAAUCACUAAAUACAACCUACAAAAAGGUGAGGAGCUGUUUGUUAAAGAAUAUGUGAAAUAUCAAGACUAUAAUGAGCACUUCCAAUCAAAUUGUAGCAAGUUCAUUACAGUAAAAAGAAGUAAGAAGGACAAUUUGGUUCUGAUUAAGAUAAAAUAAAGACAAGUUCUGGUAUCCACUGACAAAGACUCAAGAAGUACAAAUGAAGGAAUCAAGAGGUCAAAAUUUGUGGAAGAAGGAAAAGUCUCAUUUCAAAGAGGCUACAGAGAAGUGGAACCAAAUGGAGAAGGCUGAACAAAAUGAUUAUGCUCUAAGAAGAAUUGGAGAAAAAGAGGUAGUUGCCUUCUUAAAGAUUAAAAAUGGAAAAUUCGUACCAAAAAGCCCAUAUGCAUGUUUUAUUGAUGAGAAAGUAGACCACUAUACUACUAGUGGAAAGUCUAAGGUCAAAAUAGACCACAAAUUCUUUUACAUCAUCUUUAAACUGUGGCAAACAAUGACUGACCAACAGAAACAAGCGUACUCACAAAAGGUUAAUAAAUAAUUCAAUUAUUUAAA